CCCCUUUUCACCUAUUGCCCAACUAUGUAACAGGAAACUCAACCAAGAGUUAUCACAUCAGUACUUAGAUGUAACAUAGACUCAAAGAAGAAUCAACCAGCCGAACAUCCUCUGUGUUAUUUUCAAAAUGCAGCUGCAAAUCCUAUUUCAUCUCAAUCUAUUGUGGUUGCCACUUUCACUGGCUGAAGGUGACAAGUGGACAAUAACAAUAACAAAUAAUCGCAUACCAACAGUUAAGGGAGGAACCGUAACCAUCAAUUGUUCUUUCACCUAUCCUAAAGCUCAACACACUUCAAAUGUUACAAUUUACUGGAAAAUCUGGAAAACAGAAGGGGAUGCUAAAUGUGACAAGACAGACCACGACAAACGUGCUUUCGUAUUUCAUCCAAAUCACACAUGUGUAGACUCGAAGUUCAGCAACAGGACAAAACUUAUUGGAAAUAAAACUGAAGGAAACUGCUCUCUACAGAUCAAUAAUAUAACACAAAAUGAACCGCAGAUCUACCUGCGGGUUUGGGGACUGAGCAACAACUACAGCUUUAUAAAGACAAAUGAGUUGGUGUCUUUUUACAUUGCCGGCGUGAAUUCAAGUACCUUAAAUCCCACAUAUCCCACAACCACAGAUAUCACAGUGGACGUCUCAACAACGUUCACAGCAAGUUACUUGCCUACGAUGCCUGAUGAUAGAAACCAGAGUCUGUAUCUGGCCACCUUGGUACCAAUUGUUGGACUUAUUUGCCUUGCUGCUGGGGGGACAGUUGCUUACAGGAAACGCAAGCGGUCAAAAAAGGUCACGCGGGAGGAGUCUGGAUAUUAUAUGAACUUCAAACAGACAUCUUCUCAUUCACCUGAAAGUGAACCCCCUUGUCAAACAACAAACAAAUUGCCUCCAGAUCCCAAAGUAAUUGAUGAACCUGUUUACAUUAAUUAUGAGAUAUCUGAAAAUCAGAUGGGUCAACAGAAGGAACACAAGGACAAUAUCUAUGGAAAUGUGGACUACACAUAAAAGCUGUUUCUGACAGCUAUCACAAGGCUUUUACGUUGAAGAAGAGUUUGUAAUCUGUAUUAUUUUUUGUUAUUAAAUGGAUAUGUGCAAUGAGAAUUAUUUAAUAUCUGUCAACAGAAUUAGGAAAUGGUGCACUGCCCUGGCUUGCAACAUAAACUGAAACUCCAAAAUGUAUUAAAAGGGAACCUCAUUUUGCACUGCUUGCAUUGAAAAUUGGUUAACGGGCCAGUAUUCAUCAUCCAUUAAGAAUGUUUAAAUAAUAGUUUAAAUGCAUUUGCAUAGGAAAAAUAGCCAACAGUUUUGAGUGUUUGAGCUUCCAAUAAGGGUUUCUACAACUUUUAUAGCUGAAGUCUGGCCCCUUCAACAUCUCUGCUGUGUCUUUCUCUGACGUAAACCAAAAUAAACAGGAACUUAAGAGUUUUUACAGGGAAAUAAAAAAAAA